AUGAUGAAGAACAUUCUCCCGGUACUCUCCCUUCUGCUUGCCUUUGCCAACCAAGCUCAUGCUGGCGGCCAUUCGGUGGCUUUGAUUUUCGAAACAAAGGAGAAUGUUGACUGCAGAGAUGAUGACCAAUUCUUGAGUGAAACGGCCAUUGCAGCGUUCGGAGGAGCCGAUGUGGCAGUUUCGGAAAGUGUUUCCAGUUGGGAGGAGGUGUUUGGGGAAUUGGGAACCGGACGUGCCCUUGGAGAGUCAGAAGAUGUGGAUGGUGACUUUUUGGAUGUGAUGGAUGGGGCAUCUCCAGGCCAUCGGCGAUUGUGCGACAAAGAUUGUAGGCGUCUUUGCAUUUCCUCCAGUUAUAGCUUUGCGGCAGCCUGUGCCUGCUGCAGCUGCUGUAAUGGACGCCGCCGGCUGUCAUUUAGCACCCUCCGAAAGUUGAGUGAGGAGGAUUUGGGGGUGUUGGCACAUGAUGCGGCUAAAAAUGCCCUUGAUUUUCUCCAGAGUGGCGAUAGCGACGUCAGGAUUCCUGCCUGUGUGGCUCGACCGCUCCAUGUGGAAGCAGUCAUCCAAGAGACUGACGGUAGUGGGCGAGAAGCCAGAGGAGUUGCCGGCAUGCAUUCCGGUGUCAGCGAUAACCAAAAUCGCGGUGGGAGAGGAUUUGGUAACAACGGAAGAGGAAAUGGUGCUGGUCGUGAAUAA